CAGCUCCAGACGUUGUCAAUAAUCCAAUAGUCAAUGCAGACCCUCCAACUUCUUUCGAAAACAAUACAAUUGAUGGAGGUGAUAACACAUUGCAUCCACCCGUUUAUCGACAUUUAAGUCUUGACGUUCUAAGAUCAGUUAAUUACGAUGACAAUUCAGCCAAUUUCGAAAACCAUACCAUUGAUGAAGAUGAUAACAUGUUGCAUGUUUUAAAUGUCAACACUUAUAGAUCACUUUAUUUCGAAGCCGAUAGUUCGCAUUCUUCCUUUUACGAAAGUGAAGAUGAUGAGAUGAAUUCAGUGGGUUGGCUAAGCUCAGAAUCCGGGGAUCUGAACGACACCGAAACACAUCCAGGCAGGCUGUUAAUACAGAUCUGCGGGGUUAUGUACGCUAUCGACUUUAUGCAGAUGAAGCAAUAUCCCCACUCGAGUCCCGAAAAGCGUCGCAAUAUUUUACGAUGCAAGACCACAGAUGCCCUCCCAGACCGAACUAAAGGUGUCGCCGGGCUCAGCAAGCACCAAAAACACAAUUAAACUUUAGAAUUAAGCAUAUAACCCACCCUCAUCCCAAUCUGUCCGCACUCCCGUACCCAUUACUUAAACCGAUUCAGAAAACGAUACUGUGAUUCAAAGCCCAAAUCAUCAAAAAAAGACUAGACCCAAUCCCAUUCCGAGUAUUUUUCUUGUAAAAAUGUGUAACUUCAGGUUGGUG